UUGUGCUUGUGUUUCCAAAUUCCAAUUAUUGGCGGCUUUGUUGUGUUAGCGGCUUCUUCGUCUCUCUUUUUCCCCUCGAUCCAAGUUCACUGAAAUUUUGAACCAUUAAACACUGAAGGAGUAUAGCAGCAGUAAGAGAUUGAGUUCUUCUGUUUCCUUUGCUUCCAAUUUUAUCUUUGGUAGAUGAUGAUGAUGAUGGAUGGUGUGGUGUUCAAAAUCCCAUCGUUUAAGUUCCUAAACCCCAGCCCAGCCGCCUCUCGGAGCCCUGCAAUUAUACGGUGUGGCUUGCCUAGAUUCUCUUGUUCUUCUAUCCCCGCAUUAGCUACCACUGGCCGAGAGGGUGACCAGGCCCUUGGUUCCCUCUCCCUAGGUCACAUCACUCGACCUGAUUUCCCUAUCCUUCACCAGGAGAUAAAUGGCUCAAAACUUGUGUACUUAGAUAAUGCUGCAACGUCCCAGAAGCCUAUUUCAGUGUUGAAGGCUUUACAGAACUAUUAUGAAACUUACAAUUCAAAUGUUCACCGAGGAAUUCACUAUUUAAGUGCGAAGGCAACUGAUGAGUAUGAGUUGGCCAGAAAGAAGGUGGCAGCUUUUAUAAAUGCUUCUGAGUCCAGAGAGAUUGUUUUUACCAGGAAUGCUACUGAAGCUAUCAAUUUGGUAGCCUACUCCUGGGGCCUUGCAAAUUUAAAAUCAGGAGAUGAGGUUAUACUUACAGUUGCUGAACAUCACAGUGCAAUUGUUCCAUGGCAAAUUGUAUCUCAGAGGACUGGUGCUGUUCUGAAAUUUGUAACUCUGAAUGAAAACGAAGUUCCAGAUAUACAGAAAUUAAAAGAAAUAUUCUCAAAGAAGACAAAACUUGUAGUUGUUCAUCACAUCUCAAACGUCCUUGCUUCUUUCCUUCCUGUUGAAGACAUAAUCCAAUGGGCACAUGUUGUUGGGGCUAAAGUGCUUAUAGAUGCUUGUCAAAGUGUUCCACACAUGGUGGUUGAUGUCCAGCGCCUUGACACUGAUUUUCUUGUUGCUUCUUCUCACAAGAUGUGUGGGCCCACAGGCAUUGGAUUCUUAUAUGGUAAAAGUGAUCUCUUGUCCACAAUGCCUCCAUUUUUAGGUGGUGGAGAAAUGAUCUCUGAUGUAUUUUUAGAUCAUUCUACUUAUGCAGAUCCUCCAUCAAGAUUUGAGGCAGGAACUCCUGCAAUUGGAGAAGCAAUUGGGCUAGGAGCAGCAAUUGAUUAUUUGUCAGGAAUUGGCAUGCAAAAGAUUCAUGACUAUGAGAUCGAGUUGGCUAAUUAUUUAUAUGAAAGCCUCUGCACUGUCCCCAAUGUUCAUAUCUAUGGACCAAAACCUUCAGAAACUGUUCACCGUGCUGCUCUCUGUUCUUUCAAUGUUGAGAAUAUUCACCCCACAGAUAUUGCAACCUUUCUGGACCAACAGCAUGGAGUGGCUAUCAGAUCAGGUCACCACUGUGCCCAACCUCUUCAUCGGCAUUUAGGAGUAAAUGCAAGUGCACGUGCUAGUCUCUAUUUCUACAAUACUAAAGAGGAUGUUGAUGCUUUCAUACAGGCACUCAAUGACACUAUUAGCUUCUUCAAUUCUUUCAAGUAGAGUAACCUUUUAUUCUCCUCCCACAGGUACUAAUACAGGAUAUUGUGCAACUUCACACAACUUUUCUUUUUGUUUCUUCUGUCGUGUUAAAGAUCUCUCGUCUUUCUUUCUCCCUUUUGAUGAGUGUUGUACAAUAACACAUAUUUGUAAAUCAAUUAUUUAAAGCCA